AUGUCUAAUGAAAUUAAAAUACACAAAUAUUUCGACCAAGAUCCUGCGAAUUGGAGCAUUCUCGGGUUUCUAAAUGAAUGCGAACUAGAACCUUUUGAAAUGAAAAUAGAUUCUUACGUAAAAUGGCUCAAAAAAAUCGUUGACUGCGAGCAAGACAUCAAGAAGAAAAGCGCUCAGGCGCUACUUGACAAUUAUCACAAGGCGAGCUCUUUGCCGAGCCACGAAACUGGUGUUGGCGCACCAGUUACCUCACUUGAGUUAUCUGAUGCCAAAGGCUCCUUGCCGAUCCAACAUCGGACCCACUGGGCACAGGAUCAAAAACCAGACCGCAAAAAAGCAAGAGAGUGGGAGCAGAAGCGCUCGCGUGGUAAAACUUACAUCCACCAGAUCGGAAAUGGAAAUGUAGUUGGUUUUAAUAGUAAUAUCAACAGCGGAACUUUCACUGGAUUAUCAAAAAGAGAGUCCAGUGAUGAUUUUAUCCGUCAACCAAAGCGGAAGAAAUUAUCGUUGUCAAAGGAUAAAAAAUCGAAUGUCUCAGUUAAAAAAGCUAAAACCACCGGCAGGAACAUGGAUGACGAUAUUGAUUAUCCAUUCAUCAGCGAUAAUAGAGCCAUUAAUUUAGCCGAGAGUUCUGAUUUUUCGAAAGAUAAUUCUUCAUCAUCAAGUUCCAUACGAGGUUCUGUUUCCUUCGAUAACCCCUUUGAUAACCAAUCACAAGAUCUUAAUAAUAGCACAAUACCUGGUUCAGAGACUGAAUCCAUUAAUGUAUUUAAUAGUAUAAGCAGUGAAGCAAAGGAUCAUGAGAUAGGACAGCAGGUGCUCGGGACCGGUAAUAAUGUAUCCAUUGAUAAUAUCGAUAAUCGUCGUUUAACUGAAAAACAUCGCCGGGAUACAAAUAAUGAAGAGGAGGAAAUGCCAAAUAUUGAAGGAGUUACGUCUCCGCUAAAAAAGAUAAAAACCGCUGAUAGAGCAGAAAACAUGGACG